UAGCUUGAAAAUCUUUGUUCUUUGAGUUUUCUGAGAAAGAAAGGCCAUUUCUCAUCUCCAAGAUUUCUUCUCUGCUUUUCAACUUCAAAGGAAACUCUUGUACAGUUCAUCUUCUCCCUGCUUCGUUUACAACCUCAUUGACAUAUUGGAGGAGAUUAUGUUGUUGGUACCUGCAAAUUCUGUGUUUCAGUUCAAAUUUGUGAACAAGUUCUGUUAUUCGCUGAUCUCGGGUUUCAUCAAGAACAAGGAAUUUGUUUCCAAGCACCUCGUCAUGACCAAAAACCAGUCCUCUGUAUCCUUAUUUUAUAGUCGCCUUUCCUCCAUGUCGAUCAUAACUCAAUCACAUAUCAAUCAUUGACUAUAACCUAUGAUGAUGAUGGUGUUGAGGGUGAUCAAAGUGAUGAUGAUAGUUUACCUCUUAUUCGUGAUGAAAGGUGCGAUGGAAUCGGAUUUAUCACUGCGAUGGACUCAUUUUGCAAGUAAAUAGUCUUGGGAAAAUGGUGUUAUGCAAUCCUUGUUUGAAAGAAUCCAUGAUUCUCCCAGAACCAAAUAACACUACAAUCAAAGGGCCUUAUCCCAAGAUAGGAUUUGAAAUUGAUUCUAUAAACAAUGAUUUCAAAUGUGUUGCCAUCUGGCUCGAUGGACAAGAUUGCACAGUUGAGGCAUACACAGUUGGUUCUGAUUCAUGGAGAGAGCUCAACAUUUAUCAAGACAUAAUAUACUCUCUUAUUGGUACCCAACUUAAUGAUGGAAUAUGUUGGAGAGGUGUUUGUUAUUGGUUUGUGUGGUCUUACUCUUAUGAUGCAUGUGAAAACAUUCUGACUUUUAAUAUGAGUGAUGAGGAAGUUGAGCUCAUAGCUUUGCCAAGUUUUGAUGAACCUUUGGUUCCUGAUUAUUUGCCUCACCUGUCAGUAUGGAAAGAUUCAGUUGUAAUGUGUUGGAGAUUCAAUGGCAACAUUCUUCAUAUCUCCACCAUGGAUGGUACCAAAGUUGUUAAGGUACCAUUAGAGAAUUGUUUUCGAGUGUUACCAUUUUCGAAAAAUGAUGAUAUUCUAAUCAAAGUUUGGAAAGAUUGUAGGGUUGAACCACAGUUGGUGUCUUGCAACCUUCGUAGAGGAAUGUUAAGAGAACUUGUUUAUGUUUUAGAACUAGAUAGAAACAUAUUUGCUUUUUUGGGUUGUUUCUAUGUCAAGAGUUUGGUUUCUAUUAGGAGAGGAGGUGAAGUUUAAUCCAAAUACAGACUUUGAGUUGAUUAAAAAUGGUGGUAAUGUAAUGUUUCACUUUAUUUGUUUAUUAAAGAUUUAUAUCUCAAUGUAAAGUUCUGUGACCAAGUACAUAAUAAAAGAUUUAUAUCUCAAUGUAAAGUUUUGUGUUUGUGACUCUAUUUUUCAUUACAAA